AUGUCCGAGUCAAAAGCGUCACUUCGAAGUAGUCAGUCGGAAUACUCGCAAGACUCUUCUGACUCGCUACCGUUCGAUCCCCAGAUGCUCGGCCAAAAGCCUUCGGGAUCGCUGCGCCGGACCCCUCGACCAUCCCCGCAAUCACUUACAAAGAGCACUCUAUCACAGACCCGGCUUCCUACCCGCAUCGGUCCCGUUAGGCGUCGUGUUUCUAGUUUACAAGAACACCACCAGGCGCACUCCUCAGAAAAUAACAGUCAAAGCAACCCACCUCAGCGUUCACAACCCAAAGAGCAGGACGGGCAUCGUGACGAGGGGUUACAGACCAGGAUAGAAGGACCUAGUCUCGAUGACAUGAUAAGAUAUUUCCCGGUCAAAUGGGAGGAGACCCAGGCUUCGAUGCGCGAUGAUAGGCAGAAAAUUGCUUCCUUACAACGGGAGCUGGAAGCGGAGCGGGGAAAGAACCUGCAGCUCCAAGCACAGCUGGCCGAUUCCAAGAAGUCGACAGCGCUGGAACUCCGAGCACUUCGAGAAGAGAAUCAAAGCCUUGAAGAUCAAAUCACACAACUUCGGGCCAACUUGAAGGACUUGAAGAAUGUGGAAACGGCGUUGACGGAGGCAGAGAGAGAAAGGAAGAGGCUCCAAGAGGAGGCACUUCUUCUGCAAGACCAGGUGACUGAGCAUAACGACCUGAUUGUCAGACAUGACGCCCUGAGUUCCGAACAUAACGACCUGAGGUCCAGACAUAACGCCCUGAGGUCCAGGCAUGACGCCCUUAGUUCCGAAUAUAACGCCCUGAGGUCCAGACAUGACGCCCUGAGUUCCGAACAUAACGACCUGGGGUCCAGACAUAACGCCCUGAGUUCCGAACAUAAUGAUCUGCUUUCCAAACAUGACAAUCUGCAAAAGGACGUCGCCGACCUCAAGGAAUGGGAAACCUCGGCGACGAAUGCAGCCAGUGCGGAGAGAGAAAAAAGCGCAGAACUUCAGAAACAGAAAGAUAGCUUAGAAGAAGAUUUGCGAAAUGCAAGAGAAAGGAUCGGAAGAUUGACCGAAGAGAAGGCGGAGCUUGCGCAAGACAAGGAAAUGGCCAGUUUGCUUGCGGGCAAUCUCCAUCUACUUGGAGCACAGAUCACCCACUUACAGCAGAUCGCCGAGACCAUCAGCAAUCGACAAAUUUCGAUAGUUGAGGACAAGGCUGAACUUCCAACCCAGGCCAAUGAGGCGUCUCACGCGUUUGCGACCUCGGGUCUUCAAUCUAUGAACGAAAGCCUCGAGAGAUCGGUAGUGCGGGAUGAAAUAGCUUGCCACGAAGCGAAGAUACUGCCAAUCCUGAAGGGAAUCCAGGACGGCACGAGCUCAAAUCAUGAGCGGCUGCAAGAACUUGCCUCUACUCUGGACCGAAGAAUCCAAGAUGACUUUGCCAACAACCUUUGCCAGCGUGUCGACUCGAUCCUCGAAUGCCGUCUUGGAUCACUGGAGUCUAAGAUACAUGAGAGGAAGGAUAACACUCAGGUACUGAACGCAUUGAAUAACCUCGAAGGCAAGCUCGAUAGCCUAUAUUUCAUGUCGAUAGUGGAGAGAGUUGAGGCUUUGGAGAAACAAGUGUCAAGUCUUGGGGAAAAGUCGUCUCAGCGAGCCGACAUGGAGGCCACCCGCCCACCUUUUGAUUCUGAAGCCUGCCUUUGGGUCAGUAUCCCUUGGAGCGACAUGUCGACCAUACAAAAGAUUUUUGCCCCGUGUCAGCAAUGCGCGGCAGGUGACAUCGCAUUCCCCGUCGUCGCGGAGACAGGAGAGAUCCCCAGCCCAGAGCUCCGACCCAGUACGCCCCACUGCGAAGUUUCCGGCAGAGCAGCUCAGCUUUUUUGGCUACCACGUGGGAAAGUCGCUGUCAAGGAAGAUGGUCAUUGGAAUGAGUUGGGCCUGGAGUAUCCCGGAAAAGUUAUUCAGCUGAUUAACAAAGUUCUAGCUUGGUGA